AUGCACAAGAAGUCCGACACAAUUAUCAAGAAAAUUCCACUUAGUAACAAUACAGUUUCUCGACGAAUAGAUGAAAUUGCCACCGAUGUCAAACAUCAACUCAUUCAAAUUCUCCAGUGUUCUGAAUUUUUUAUACAAGUGGACGAGUCAACAGUUAUAGAUAACCAAUGUUUGAUGAUGGUUAAUGUUCGAUAUUCCAAUGAAUACCUUCAACCUUGUGAGGAAAUGUUGUUCACAGAGAACUUGCUGCUUGAUUCAAAAGGUACAUCUAUUUUCAAUAUGCUUAAGCGUUUCCUUUCUGAACAUCAUAUACCACUGACCAAUAUUAUUGCCUGUGCGUCUGAUGGGACCCCUGCUAUGGUUGGAAGAUACAGAGGAAAGCAAAAAAUUCUUGUCGACUGUAAAUCAUUUAUCACCACCUUCAUUUCGAAAUUGGUCCUGUAUAAAAUAAACAUUUCCAAACGUCAAUUGCAUCAAUUUCCUCAACUGGAUCCUUUGAAAGACGAAUUGGUUGAUGAGGAUAUCGUUACCUAUCGUGACAAUCUACAACCAUUGCAUGAUGACAUGACGGAGCGAUUUCAAGAUGUUAUUACGUUGAAUAUUCCAAAUUGGUAUAAGAAAACGUUUGAAGUCCAAGCAGUCUAUUGCGAAGACGACGUUCAGAAGGAGCUAAUUGAAUUGCAAAAUGAUAAUGAGGCCACAAUGCGAUAUCGGUUUCAUGGCAAAGAAGGCUUGUGGUAUCAUCAAAGUAUAUUGAAUUCUUACCCCAACCUAUUUGAAAUUAAUUUUGCUCGCCUUCCCAACUUCGUACUUGGUCGAAUCUGA